CAGAGACAGUGUGGGAUGUCGUCAUAUCUCCUCCCACUAAAGCUCAUGUCAAAGUUGCAGCCUCUGUCAGUGCAAGAGCAGAACUGCAAACUCGAGAUACCUUGCAGCGUGUUACAUCCCAGCAUCUCUCAUUGUGCUGGAGGCAUUGCAAUCAUCAUGCUAUCAACAAUCUGGCUUCUGCUCUUCUGUGGGAUUAUUUCAGAACACCUUGCAAGUUCACAGAAAUCGACAAAAGUGAAAAAGAAUAACUUGAAAGUGCACAUAAAUGCGACUGGAAACACACUUGUUAUGAAGUUUCUUCGUCCAAAUGAAAACCUGAAACUUGAAGGCUUCGUUUUGGGAUAUGGGAGCAAUUUUUUUUCAAACCAAUACAUUCAGUGGCCAGAAAAUGGAAAGUCUUACCUAACAGAAGUUGAUGCAGAACCACGAUAUUUAAUUGCUGUCAAACCCAAUGAAAAUAGUAAGAAGAGUUGCAAAGAGAAGAAUUCUGCUAUGAAACCUCUCCAACUGGUUGUUGGCACCUUGACCCCAACAUCAGCAUUCCUCUCCUGGGGCAUCCUCAUAAAUCCACAGAUUGACUGGUCUGUUCUAAACAAAUGUCCAAAUGACAGAUUUUAUACAGUUCGCUACAGAGAAAAAAAUAAAGACUGGUUGUACCAACUCUGCCCAACAACUGAAAUAGUUAUUGACAGUCUAAAGCCAAGUACUAUGUAUGAAUUUGGCGUGAAGGAUAACACAGAAAAUGGAAUCUGGAGCAAAUCUUAUAAUCACAAGACAGUCCAAAAGAGUAAGGAGAAUGGACAAAUCCAAAGUACUAAUACGAUUUCAAAAGCUGUCCUUCGGAUGGCUCCAGAAGAUACAAAAGCAUUAAUUCCAGUAACUGUGAUUAAGCAAGGAUUUUUGAAUCUUACACAUUUUAUUCAGCCUAAAAGCACAAGUGAACCAACAACAACUGAAAAACACAAAGCAACACAACUUCCUACAACACCCAAAACCACCAAAAAACCUGACACAGAAGUCUACAAACCAGCAGUGACAAGUCAACCAAUUGUGGAAUAUGUAACUACAGAUUCGCCAAAUGGUGUUCUAGAAUGGUUCAGAGGAACAAUGGAAUCACUAGAGUCUCAGUCUGUUUAUCCCUCCUCUAAAACAGUUGCAUAUGUUAACCAAGGAGAGCCUCAGAAUAACCCUGCUAUUCAGCACAUGUCAACAGCGUCCUUUCAACCAAAAAAUACACAUAUUGAGAGGUCUAUACCUACCCCAGCUACAGUAGGGAUGCCUUUGGUUUCAAGAAUGUCUUCUACUCCAGAUGUCACAUCCCCCAAAGCACAACCAGGUUCCACCCAGGAAAAAGAAAAUGACAUUUUUACACAAGAGCCUACUAAAAAGACAGAGACUGCUAAUGUGAUGGAUAUUUCCCCAGAGAUUUAUCCAAUACCAACUGAUGUUCCAGAAGUGAGCUCUAACAUACCUCUUGAACACCAUAGGACAACAGUGGGUCUGCCUUUGAUUCCACCAACAUUCUUGUCAUCUGCAAGUGCAACUUGGGAGAGUACUGAAGAACAAACCAGUUCUAUACAGGCAACAGGAAUAAAUGAACCUUACACUGAAGAUGACUCAGACAUUACAGAAAAUCCAGAAACUGGCAAUGGUCUGCCUUUGGUACAAUCAACAAUUUCUUCUACUGCAUAUGUAACAAUGAAGAAAACACCUGCCCCUGAGGAUCCAACCAGUUUAACACCGGGUCUGCCUUUGAUUCCACCAACAUUCUUGUCAUCUGCAAGUGUAACUUGGGAGAGUACUGAAGAACAAACCAGUUCUAUACAGGCAACAGGAAUAAAUGAACCUUACACUGAAGAUGACUCAGACAUUACAGAAAAUCCAGAAACUGGCAAUGGUCUGCCUUUGGUACAAUCAACAAUUUUUCCUACUGCAUAUGUAACAAUGAAGAAAACUCCUGCCCCUGAGGAUCCAACCAGUUUAACACCGGAGAUUUUCCCAGCAUCCCCAGACGAUAGACAAGUGAGACCUUAUACACCUUUUGAACAGCUGAGGACUACAAUGGGUCUAUCUUUAAUCCCAUCAACGUCAUCUCCUGCUUUGGACCUAGCAAUGAAAGUAACACCUGUUCCUGGAGUACAAACAAGUACCAGUCAGGCUGAGAAGUAUUCAGAGUCUGCAGAUUUACCACAGCAAAGCACUCACGUGCCUGUCAAACAGCAGAGCACAACAUUGGGUAAAGCAGAGAUUGUUCCAGAAUCUACAGAAGUUCCACAAGUGAGCACUGACAAACUUCACACACAUUUUAAGACCACAGAGGCUGCCAGAGAGAAGCAGUCUGUAUAUAUUCCGGCUACAAUAUCCAGCUGGGAAAAUCAACAAACCCCCCAUGAAUCUUCAGUCCAAACAGACAUUUACAGUAGCCCGCCCUUUCAAACCAUAGAAAGCCCAACUGUUGAAUUGGUUAAAAGUCUACCAGUACCUACCAAAUCCCAUCAUAUUGCUAAAACUGAAGUGCCUGUAGUCCUAUAUGAAAUACCUUACCUACAAACCUCCAAACCUAGCCUUAGUACUGAAGCACCACAGAUGGAAGCUGGUAAAAACAGCACACAGUCAGUUUCUAAGACAAUUACAACUGAAGCAACUCAUACCUUUGAGCAGGAAAGAGUUGUAGCAACCACUGAAGAGCAAUAUGUUCAAGACCUUGAAACUGUAUCAAAGACAGAAACAGAGCCCACAACUGUUUUUAAGGAAUCUCAAACAGUCAGUGCUGUAGAAGAAGCCAGAACAACUGAGGUCCAAACGGAAACAAUAAAAAUAUCUUCUUCUCCUUCCGCACCCAAAGAAACUCUGGCAACAGAAAACCCCCUCCCAAAACUUGAUCCUAAAGAAACCCAUCAAGUAUCCAUUAAGCUUAUCAGUGUCCAUUUAAUUGAUGAUCCUCUUGAUACAACUGAAAAAAGUAUUUCUCCUAAACCCAGAGCCACAACUGAAAGUCCUUCUUCAACUGCCGGUAAAUACACUCCAAAACCAACAGAAAGGGUACCUAUUAAUGAUAUUCCAACAGAAAGGGUACCUACUAAUGAUAUUAGUCCUCAGUUAUAUGGAGAGCCGGAGGUAUCGCUGGCUCCAAAAACAGAACGACCUCCUCUGCCCAAAACAACACAAAGAGCUGAAACUCUACAAACCAAACCUGUUCCUAAUGAGACGCAAAAGAUUUCCCCUUACAAACCCAAAAAACCUCAGCCGACUGUUCAACCACGUAAAGCUGCUUCCACAGAAACACCAAAGGAUUCCAUUAAACCUAAAAUUCCACAGCAAACUCCUGCACCCACAUUUGCUCCUUACAAACCGCAGCAUAGUUCUUCCAGACCGAGGACAUCAGUCGGAUCUAAAAUCAGAACUGGUGGCAGACUUUAUGACAGAUCAAAACUUCUUGGUGUUAGUAGAAACAUUUCAGUGGAAACAAACACUACCAUCAACAGAACAUAUUCAGUAUCAUCACCACCCUUCCCUCCUGUCCGGCCAACCAUGCGCAAAAGACCUAAUGCCACCAAUGUAACAGGUCGGCCAGGCAAUGUUCUGGUGCCACGGGCACCUUCAACUGCCCGGCCAAAUCGUACAACAGUGUCUAUAAAGGCCCCAAUGCAACUAGCAUCAUCAGCUCCUCCUGAAGGUACUGUUGAAGCCACUGUGUUCAGUCCAACUCCAAAAUCAGAGUUAGAUGCUCUUGGGAAAAUCAGAACCACAGGACCACAUAUAAUAUAUAUGGGCAAAAAAGAGUUUGAGCCAUGCUCUAUCACAGAAUCUCUGAAGCAUUUUCCAACAGAAGAGGCAACAAAUCAGGAAAUUGUCAGUCGUCCACUGAAUCCACCAUCUAAUCUCACAAUAGUCACUGUUGAAGGAUGCCCAUCCUUUGUCAUUCUAGAUUGGGAACACCCUGAGAAUGAAACAGUUACUGAAUAUAAAGUAAUUUCUACCGAAAAUGGGGCACCACCAGGAAAGGACCAGUCAAUUAUAACUACAAAUCAGACAUUUUCCACAGUUGAAAAUCUGAAAGCUAAUGCAAGUUAUCAGUUUCUAGUGGUACCAUCAAAUCCUCUUGGAGAAGGACCAGCCAGUAACACAGUGGAAUUUAGCACUGAGUCAGCGGAUCCUAGAGUGAGCGAGCCUGUUACUGCAGGAAAGGAUGCUAUCUGGACACAAAUUAAAUUUAAAUCAGAUUCCUAUUCCGAAUGCAAAGGGAAGCAGUUUGUGAAAAGGACCUGGUACAAGAAAUUUGUAGGAAUCCAACUCUGCAACUCCCUGAGAUAUAAGAUUUACCUCAGUGACUCCCUUUUAGGAACAUUUUACAACAUAGGGGAUCAGUCUGGUUUUGGAGAAGAUCACUGUCAGUUUGUUGACUCAUUCCUGGAUGGAAGAACAGGACAGCAACUGUUACCAGAGCAGUUGAAAACAAGAAAAGGAUUUUACAGAGCAGUGCGCCAACAGCCUGUUGAAUUUGGAGAAAUAGGAGGCUAUUCACAAAUCAGAUAUGUUCAUUGGUAUGAAUGUGGCAUAGCAAUCCCUGGCAAAUGGUAGGAAGACUGCUGAAGAACAAUUCUACUCAGCUGGUUCUUAAUUCCCAUUCUACGUAAGGGAAACAUGCUAGCUUUUUUUUUUAUCCUUGUCUACUAAUGUAAAAUAUGUAUUAAAUAAGGCAAUGCAAGGAGAUUAUUGUGGAAUAAACAUUUUUAGAAUAGGCUGCUUCCAUAUUUAUCAGAUUUAUCAAUAUAAGAAAAGGAUAUUGUCUUCAUAGGAUAAAAUCUCGGGAAGCUGGCUCCCUGUUUAGGUAUUUUUGGAAAAAAAAAGCAGUGUCUAUAUUAUUUAUCACAAUGUUGUAAUAAUAUUAGUGCAAUGUUCAUUUAGUUGCGUUGUGAAAGCAUAGAGAGGAAUUCUUUUUAUUUCCAUUAAGCAUACUGCUAAACAAUGAUCAUUGUCUAUUAUCAACAUUGUCCAUGUAUUAAUUUAUUUAAUAAAAUUGCCAUAUGGAUAAAUUGCAAGGUCGGAGCAACAGGAAUGUUCGAAUCACCCUGAAAGAAACAUUUUGUUUGUAAAGGUUGCUAAAUGUCAUUGCUAAGCAAACGAGAAAUUGUAACAAGAUUUGCAGCAAGCAGCACAUUUUUGCCCAGCGAGUCAUUUUAUGAACUAGAAAUAAGCCACCUUCUGGCACAGGGGAAAUGUAGAUGAGCGACGCUUCAAACAAGGCAGGUACUUUAAAAGUCUGUUGUGCAAGAUAUUUUACAUUAGGCUAUAGGUAUCGAUAUUUUAACACAAAGCAUGUGGUUUAUUAAAAAAAGAGUAACUUUCUACAGAAUGUACAGUAUAUCCUGAAAAGCUUUAUUUCCAGUGAAACUUAGUUUUGUAUAUGAAAUGCAGUAUAUGAACUCUAUAAUAAAGACAUUCGUUUUUUUGUAA